GGGAGCGUGGAGAGGCGUCCUGAGUUGCCAUGGAAACGAGGCUCCGCAGCGACCCAAGCAGCGGAAAGGAGUCCUUUGAAACUUGCCACCAGGGAUUACUGGUGUUCACCGGCUCUUCGGAUCGAGACGCCAACUUGGCCAAGCAGUUCUGGGCCGCGGCGUCCCUGUAUCCCCACAACGAAUCUCAGCUGGUGCUGUCCAGAGGCAGCAGUCAGCGUCUGCCGGUGGCGCGGCCCUCCAGGAGCAGGGCGCCUGAGAAAAGUUACGUCCAGCCUUUCAUCCUUGAGAAAAGCAAGAGUAGAGAUGUCAUUGCUGAAGCUCUAAAGACUCAGGAAUCUGAGGAGAAGAAAAAGUAUCUCCAAAAGGCUAUAAAGAGAGAUGAGAUUAUCCAACUCUUAAGAAAACAAAGAGAAGAAAGGAUCUCGAAAGAACUGGUUUCCCUUCCUUAUAAACCAAAGGCCAAGGUGCACAAAGCAAAGAAAGUGAUUUCAGAGUCAGAGAAAAAAGACCAAGAAGAAGUGAAAGCAUUGGCCUAAGUGGAUUGACACAUGGGAGAGGAUGGCUCACUCAGAUCUUCAGUUCUGAAACAAGUGAAUCCUGCUCUUACAUCAGGAUCAUUGGAAUCAGUUCAAUUAGACAAAGAAAUAAAAGUUAAAUAUGCAACGCUUUAGGAAUUUUACCAG